UCUCCGACAGGUGUGCGGCUGUGCGCAAAGCGGAUCUGACUGCGGUGCAAAGUGCUAAUAUUCUCCGGGCAGACAGUCGUCCUGGGUGCGUGUCCAACUGUUUGGACUAAACGCCGAGUGUAUCUAACAUGUGGACCUGGGACGCAUGCAACAGAGAGCCCUAACCAUGAGGAGGAGCCGACACCGCGCAAAUAUGGGACUUCUCUUGCUAUUCAGAUGGCUUGUAUUCACAGUGGUGGUGCCCGCCUGGCUGCUUGCUGCUCCAAGUGGCAUCCGUGAGCGUCCCUGCCCCCAGAGCUGUAGAUGUGAUGGGAAAAUAAUAUACUGUGAAUCCAAUGCCUUCCGUGACGUGCCAAACAAUGUGUCUGUGAGCACCCAGGGCCUCUCCCUGCGUUACAACAGCCUGGUGAACCUCCGAACACACCAGUUUGCAGGCCUGAGUCAACUAGUGUGGCUCUACCUCGACCACAAUUACAUCAGUGAUGUGGACGGCCAGGCUUUCCAUGGGAUACGGAGGCUGAAAGAACUGAUUCUCAGCUCAAAUAAGAUCACACUGCUCAAAAAUAACACUUUUCAUGAUGUUCCGAAUUUACGCAAUCUAGACCUUUCCUAUAAUAAACUGCAGGUUCUCCAGCCUAAUCAGUUUGUGGGUCUGCGAAAACUGCUCAGUUUACACUUGAGAUCAAACUCCUUGAAAACUGUCCCCAUGCGAGUUUUCCUUGACUGUCGCAACCUGGAGUUUCUUGAUAUUGGCUACAACAGGCUACGGAGCCUCACACGUAACGCCUUUGCAGGACUCCUUAAGCUCAUCGAGCUUCAUCUGGAGCACAACCAGUUCUCAAAGAUAAACUUUGCUCAUUUCCCCCGCCUGACUAACCUGCGGGCUCUGUAUUUGCAGUGGAACCGUAUCAAAGUGCUGACCCAGGGCCUGCCGUGGAUGUGGACCUCCUUGCAAAAGUUGGACGUCUCUGGGAAUGAGCUCCAAGUGUUGGACCCGAGUACAUUUCAAUGCCUUCCUAAUCUGCAGACUCUUAACUUGGACUCCAACAAGCUGAGCAAUGUGUCUCAGCAGGCAGUGGAGGCUUGGAUCUCCCUCACCACGAUCAGUCUGGCUGGUAAUUUGUGGUACUGUAACCCAAAUAUAUGUCCCCUAGCGGCCUGGCUCAAGGCCUUUAAGGGUAACAAGGAGACCACUAUGAUUUGUGCCGGCCCAAAGGAGGCCCAAGGAGAGAAAGUGACCGAUGUGGUGGACACUUAUAACAUUUGCACAGCAACACCGGCCCCCGUCCCAUUAACAACAUCUCCCCUCACCUCUGCAUUUCAACCUGAGCUGCUGCCUCUUCCCACAGAGUCUGUGGAGGAUAAGAAGCAGAUCUGGAACAGGACAGCCUCCCCUACUCCCUCCGAGCCCACCUUCUCUUUGCCAGACACUGAGUAUGUUUCCUUCCAUAAAAUCAUAGCUGGUAGUGUGGCACUCCUCUUAUCCGUGGCUAUAAUUCUGCUGGUAAUCUAUGUCUCGUGGAGGCGCUAUCCCAGCAGCUUAAAACAGCUUCAGCAGCGCUCGGGAGUCAAAAAGCGCCAGAAAAAUGCACGGGAGACCGAGCGCUCCCUUAAUUCACCACUGCAAGAGUACUAUGUGGACUACAAGCCUUCACACUCAGAGACUAUGGAUGUGCUGGUUAAUGGGACAGGACCUUACACAUACACCAUCUCAGGCUCCAGGGAAUGCGAGAUACCGCGGCAGCUGAGCGCUCUUACGUUGUAUAGGUGUGAGCAGUCGGCCCUGGAUGACUGCCAUGCCCACCUGUCGCUGCACCUCAACAUGGGCUUGGAGCCCCCAACUCAGGCGUUUGGAGGUCCGAGGCCAGCCAAGUGCCACCCUGGCCUCAUGCCUCCCCUCCCCUCCGAGCCUGUGCUGCCUUGCCCCCAGACCCGCUCCCUCCACCAGUGAGCUGUGCACACUGUGAGCCUCUGUGUCCGAAAUACUGACUGCUGCACAGAAUCAGUGCACACAUGAAACACCAGGCUGUGUGGGAGGGAACUGGGACUGGUAAAGAAGCAAAGGAGACUUGUUAAUCUACUGCAGAGCAUCCUGGACCCAGGGUAAUGAAAAUGGAGAUAUUUCUCAGUGGAAAUAAAGGGGUGCUGCCAUAUUGAUUAGUAAAGCUUCUGACCCACCUGACCCUCAAUGUCCUCAAUUAGAAAAUGAGGCUGAACAGCAGCAUGACUUUCCGCGUUCUGCUCUGCCUCCUAAGGAGUAUUAACGCUAAUAAUUUAAUGAUUUUGUUAAUCUUAUUAAACGUGUUUCCUCGGCUGCUCCUCACCUGGACACCUCUCUGCUGCGUCAGGUUAAAUAAUCAAAUCCAAAAUGCUAUUAACAGAGCAGAGAAACAGUAUGAUAAGCAGUUGAGAAGCAGAACAAAUGAAAGAUCAGCCAAGCUAAAAGAUUUUCUGUGCUUUCUUCUGAUCAUGCUGUCAGUCAGAGCGCUCUCCCCCACUCAGUCCCCGUGGCGUUUUUCAUCUGGAGAAAUGAGCCACCCAAAUAAAAUUAACAAAGACAAGAGAAAAGAGAAAAUAACGGACAGUAAUUGUUAUAUAAAAUGUACAGCCUACACAUCUUGCCGGCAGUAAGUAUAAUUUACAUGGUGACUUUUGAUUUCCCUCAUGAUUUUGGGUGUCGAUCACAUUAUAGUUAAUUGAUUCGCGCUGAGAAAUAAACAGAUGAAAAAUAAACACCAGAUCUCGGUGCACUAUGAUGUUCGGAUAUUUACUUUUCGUCAUCCAUUUAAAUCACUCUUGUAAUUAAUGUUUUUUUGUUUUUGAAAUGUGUUCUACAACCAAUAAUCUGAUUGUGCACUCAUAUAUCUACAUGUGUGUGCUUUUUACAAGAUGUUGCAUUAUAAUAUAUGGUAAAUAAACUGUCGUAAAUGACCAAUAACAGUGUCUUUCAUCAAGAUCAGUGGUAUCAACCCAACACACUCUCUGCUGUAUUUAAACAGCUGUGUAAUUAGUUAAGAAUGGAAAGUGCCGCUCUUAAGGAAAGCCUGAUGAAGAAUCAUGUGUCUGGUUUUUGCAUUACUGAUCUCUUCCUGUGACUGUAUGUGAAAGUUAUCUGACGUA